AUGAGUUCACCGGAGCCCAAGCAUCGAACGAGCCACGAGGAGGAGAUCCCGCCGAUCAGCCCGCUCCUCGCGCCCUCCGAUCACUACAACAGGCGCAACAACCACAUCCGAGAGUCCGACUACGGCGACCGAGAAGACGUCUUGGCCGAGGCUGAAGAACUCUCCCACUACCCCCCCGCCCCCAAACGCUCUUCUUCUAAUAGCCACCACCAUCAGCAGCGCAGAUCGGCCAGGACAAUCAUCAAUGCAUUAUCUCUGGGUCUGCGAAAGCACCGGACUAAGUUUCGUCUGCUCGUCGUAUUCCUGAUUCUGUGGCCAAUACUCUGUUGGACGGGAAUCACGCUGCUAUUCGCGGACCAUCCGGGGCUGUUUCCGGGCUCACUACGGAGCGCGAAGUCGACGCUGUUUGUGGUAGCCCAUCCGGACGACGAGUGUCUGUUCUUUGCCCCCGCGAUCCUCGCCGUCGUCCAGCGGGCCCACUCCCACGGCGCCUUGCUCGUCCUGAGCUCCGGGAACCAUUACGGCGAGGGCAGCACCCGCAAGAAGGAGCUCAUGGGCAGUUGCAAGCAGCUCGGUAUCCGCGAGGAUCGCUGCGAUGUUUUGGAUGUCUCACAGAUACAAGACGACCCAACGACCUGGUGGCCAGUCGAUAGGGUCAGGGGCCUCGUCAAUGAACACAUCGACCGCUGGAUGAUUGACAGCAUCGUCACAUUUGACGAUUAUGGCGUCAGUGGCCACAUCAACCAUCGCGCUGUGUCCGCAUCAGUCACUGAGCUAGCCAUCGCACUAUACAAAAAAUCACUUGCGCCGGGAAGCACGACGAAGGCGCCCAAGCUGUUCACCGUCAAGUCGGUGUUCGUAGUCCGGAAGUAUCUCGGCCUGUUCGACCUGCCGCUGUCGUUCAUCAGGUUCGUGCCCGCACUCGUUCUGGGCCCUUCGCAGCAGAACAAUGCUGCGCUGAACGCGCUCACCUACGACCCGAAGACCGAGACGAGCACCCGGGAGAGCGAGCGGCAACGGGUCGCGCUCACAGCCGGCUUCGAAAAGGGACUGUUGGUCAGCGGGUUGAGUGGCUAUCGCGCAGCUAGGAACGCUUUUUGGAGCCACCAAUCACAGAUGGUUUGGGACCGUCAUCUCUACAUGAUCCUCUCCCAAUUCAUGUACUUCAAUACCGUCGAAAGGGUGGUCUGA